AUGUCUUAUUACAGAAAAGAGCUACAGCAGGUGUUGUGCCGCUAUGUCACAGACACACUCAUCUACAUCGACACUGUAAGAGGAUUCUGUGAGGACGUCUCUGAAUGGGGGCUCCAAAGGGAGACCGAAUUAAACAUGAUGAUAGAUAUCAAAGAGAGGGUUGACAACCAUGUUUCAAAGUCAGGGAGCCAUGCAAAGCUGCAGGAGGAGCUGGCUGCUGUGCUCAAGGACACUUUGGUUGGCCUGGCGAAGCUCGAAUACUUCCUGGAUGCAGUGGAGAAGUUGGCGGUCACUUCGCUCCAUGUGUUUACGGAGAACCAGGCGCUAUCUUUGCCCAAAGGGAUCACCCUCGAUUGUGUUCAGGUUGUCAUCACUGCGGCACGGCAGAUCUGCCCUCUCCUCCUCAAGUUCAAAAGAGAUGCAAAAGUCUUCUUCCUGCCCAGACUUCAGAAUGUGGAAGUGUUCUUGUAUGAGCUGGACAAGUACAUACGGACCACGCAGAAAAUCUGCAAGACUUUAGGAAAAAGUGUAACUGUCUUUCACAACUCCCUCAGUGACUUUCAUUUGAAAAUGACGACGGAAAUUGUGGUGAACUUCGACUUGGAUCUGUCUGAAGAUGACAUGCGGAGGAUACUUGAUCAUAUUAAUCAGCUGGAUGAGAUCAGGAUGAACAAGGACUUCAGGGUGGUGUUCUUGUUUCAAGAGGAAUCGUUUUGUGACUUCAUCCGUGUCUUCAGCAAGCGACAGGACAGGAUGCUGGAGUUUCUCAACGACCUGGAGGAGGGGGCUACUCAGCUUGACAGGAUGAGUAAGGGGGCAAAGAUCUCCGGUGUGGUAGGCAGCUCGGUUGGGGCGACUGGAGGUGUGCUCUCCAUUGUUGGCUUGGCGUUAAUUCCUUUUACGGCAGGGGUUUCUCUAGGUCUGACAAUGACAGGGUUAGGUAUGGGAAUCACCAGCGGAGUAAACAGCCUUGUCAUCAUCGCCACAGAGAUCCGAGUAAAUGCAACUCAAAAGAACAAAGCCAUAGAGGUUUUCCAGAAAUUCAUGGAGGAUGUGCAGAGUCUCCAGGAAUGUCUAGACAAGGUGACCAGUCAAGCCGAAUUGGAAGGGAGUAUCAUCACAGUGGCUCUGGGAGUUAGUAAGGGUCUUAAUGAAGUUGGUGUUAAUGCAAAAGGUAUUGAUUUAUUAGUUGAUGCUGCCUCUGCUUCUAAGUUGUUGAGAAGCCAAGAGUUGAUUACAGGGCCUCUCGCUCUUACCAAGGCAGCCAGGGCAGGUUUCAUAGCACUCAAUGCUCUCUUCCUUGGCAUGGAUAUAUUCAUAAUCUGUAAGGACAGCAUCAGUCUGGCAAAAGGCAGUGAGACCGACAGCUCAAAGUGGAUCAGGGCCAGAGCUACUCUGUGGAGCUCAGAGAUGGAUUCAUGGAAGGGGAUCCACGACUCCCUGUGUGAGGGCCAGGAGAAGUCAGAGAAAAAAAAAGCUCUUCUGGAGACACCAUUUUAUCCGGAGAUGGAUGUGAAGAAGCAAAGUAAACUAGAACUGGAAGAAAAACUGUUGUGGUGA